GUAGCAUCCAUAUGUGCAACGGUCGAUCGAUGUGACGCGGGUUCGAGAGCAUGUGUUUUUUUUCUGUGUGUCGGUGAGGAAGAAAGUUUCUGCAGGAAUUUCUUUUUUUACUUAUCGAGCUAAGUUCUCAAAGCUCUCCAUCCUCUUUUCAUCAUGGAGGAUUCUUAUAGGAGAGAGACAAGUGAUGUUUUAAAGCAUUUCGACGUAGAUCCUGAGAGAGGCCUUGACUCGCCACGCGUCAAACAACUUCUCGAGCGUUAUGGGCCGAAUGAAUUGCCGGCUGAGGAAGGGAAAUCCUUAUGGAGACUUGUCCUGGACCAAUUUGACGAUUUGUUGGUGAAAAUUCUUCUUCUAGCCGCCGUCAUAUCCUUCAUAUUAGCAUGGUUCGAGGAAGGUGAUGAGCAGACUACUGCCUUUGUUGAACCCUUCGUCAUUUUGCUGAUUCUCAUCGCAAAUGCCAUUGUAGGCGUGUGGCAGGAGAGGAAUGCCGAGAAUGCUAUUGAAGCACUCAAGGAGUAUGAGCCUGAAAUCGCAAAGGUCCUGCGUCAGGACAAGAACACCCUUCAGCAGAUCAAGGCUAAGUUCCUUGUUCCAGGUGACAUCUGUGAAGUGGCAGUUGGUGAUCGUGUUCCCGCAGACAUGCGGGUUAUCAAGGUUCGCUCCACCGUACUGCGUGUUGAUCAAGCCAUCUUGACUGGUGAAAGUGUUAGCGUGAUCAAACAUUCUGAUGUGGUGGAUAUUCCUGACGCUGUCAAUCAGGACAAGACCAACAUUCUCUUCUCUGGUACAAAUAUAGCUGCAGGGCGUGCUCUGGCUGUCGUUGUGGGCACUGGCCAGCAAACUGCUAUUGGUCGCAUUCGUGAUGAUAUGGCUGCCACAGAGAACGAGAAGACUCCUCUACAACAGAAACUUGACCAAUUUGGUCAACAGUUGUCUAAGGUGAUCACCAUCAUCUGCAUUCUUGUUUGGCUCAUCAAUAUCAAUCAUUUCUCAGAUCCCAGUCAUGGAUCUUGGCUUCGUGGUGCUGUAUACUACUUCAAGAUUGCCGUUGCACUUGCUGUUGCAGCGAUCCCAGAAGGCCUUCCAGUCGUCGUCACGACAUGCUUGGCGCUUGGCACCAACCGUAUGGCAAAGAAGAAUGCUAUUGUGCGUAGCCUGCCAUCAGUGGAGACUCUUGGUUGUACUACUGUGAUUUGCUCUGACAAGACUGGAACACUGACAACCAAUCAAAUGUCCGUCAGCCGUUUCUUUGUUGUUGAGGACGUUACCGAUUCUGGUGCAAAUUUGAUGGAGUUCUCAGCUUCUGGUUCAACCUACGAGCCAGUUGGUGAUAUUUCAUACAACGGCAAGGUGGUAACCGGCUUCGAAUAUCAGGAUCAUCUUCAAGAACUUGCACAGAUUUGCUGCUUGUGUAAUGAUUCAUCAGUGGACUACAAUGAAAGCAAGCAUGUCUAUGAGAAAGUUGGGGAGGCUACAGAGACAGCAUUGACUGUGCUUGUUGAAAAGCUCAAUGUUACCGGUGUCGAAAAGCAAGGCCUUUCCAAGUCCACCCUAUCCAGUGUUUGUAACCUGGAAGUAUCCAAGUGUCUCAGAAAGUCAUUUACUCUGGAGUUCUCACGAGACCGCAAGUCUAUGAGUGUGUACGUUGAAUCCCCGGAGGCCAGCGCUGGUAUUCAGACACGAUCCCGCCGUUCCAGUCCAACUGCUGGACCAAAGAUAUUUUGCAAGGGUGCUCCUGAGAGUGUUCUAGAUCGUUGCACACAUGCCCGUGUCAAUGGACGACGAGUUGCCCUGAAUGAUGCAGUGCGCCAGGAUAUUCUUGAGAGAGUCGCAGCCUAUGGCACUGGUAGAGAAACCCUUCGCUGUCUUGCUCUAGCUACCAUCGAUCAGCCUAUGGAUCCCAAUGACAUGCAGCUCGAGAAACCAGAGACGUUUAUCCAAAUUGAGAGCAAGAUGACAUUUGUUGGAGUUGUUGGUAUGCUGGACCCUCCCCGAAAGGAAGUGUAUGAUGCAAUCAAGUGUUGCGGCGAUGCUGGUAUUCGCGUCAUCGUUAUCACUGGUGAUAACAAGGGCACUGCUGAGGCCAUCUGCCGCCGCAUUGGUGUCUUUGAUGACCAUGAAGAUACAUCAGGAAAAUCCUUCUCCGGACGGGAAUUUGACCAACUUAGCGUUGCUGGUCAGAAAGAAGCAGUGCGCAAUGCAAAGCUAUUCUCUCGCGUUGAACCAGCACACAAGUACAAGAUUGUAGAAUACCUGCAAGAUGAUGGCCACAUCUCUGCCAUGACUGGUGAUGGUGUGAAUGAUGCUCCAGCAUUGAAGAAAGCUGAAAUUGGCGUAGCGAUGGGAUCAGGCACAGCUGUAGCUAAGUCUGCUUCAGAAAUGGUUUUGGCUGAUGACAACUUUACUUCUAUUGUUGCUGCUGUCGAGGAGGGCCGUGCUAUCUACAACAACACAAAGCAGUUUAUACGAUACUUGAUCUCAUCAAACAUUGGAGAAGUUGUCAGUAUUUUCCUAACGGCUGCACUUGGAAUUCCAGAAGCUCUGAUUCCGGUGCAGUUGUUGUGGGUGAACCUGGUGACAGAUGGUCUACCUGCUACUGCUCUUAGCUUCAACCCACCAGAGGAGAACAUCAUGAGACAGCCACCUCGCAACCCAAGAGUACCACUGAUCAGCGGAUGGCUCUUCUUCAGAUACAUGACCAUUGGAAUUUAUGUGGGCUGUGCAACCGUAUUUGCAUCCGUCUGGUGGUUUAUGUAUUUUGAUGGCGGUCCUCAGCUUAAUUACUAUCAGUUGAGUCACCACAUGUCCUGUACGCUUGACAAGGAAAACUUUGCAGAGAACUUUGACUGUGAGAUUUUCGAUGAUCCUCACCCUAUGACAAUGGCACUGUCUGUCCUUGUUACUAUUGAAAUGCUCAACGCUCUCAACAGCUUGAGUGAGAACCAGAGCUUGUUGUCAAUGUACCCAACACGGAAUCUCCUUCUGUUGGGAGCCAUUGCAUUGUCCAUGUCUCUGCAUUUCUUCAUUCUCUACGUGCCCCUCAUGUCGACUGUCUUCCAAAUCACACCACUAAAUCAAACUGAGUGGCUUGCCGUCAUAUACAUGUCACUACCUGUUAUUCUUCUUGAUGAAAUUCUGAAGUUUGUUGCUCGCAAUUUCGUCACAACAACUUCUCCCGAGUUCAAGGCCAAGCAAGACUAACUUAAAACCAUCGGGACCUCUUUUUGACUUGUGCAGUCCUUGUUGCAACGCAGCUGCUCGCAGAGUCAGCUUUUAGUGGAAAGACAAUGUGCUACAAUGUAAUGUACCAACUACUAGCUUUGCACACCACUGCUGCAUCAUGCCUGUAGCAUACUUGAUUGAUGUUGUUCAGCACAGCAGUAAAGCUUGUCAACUGUUGUAUUACUCACACAUGCACGUGUAUAGCGUAGCAUGCAAGUGCCAUAAUGCUUUCAUGAAAUUAUAUCUUCUUGUUUCCAUUGUUUUUGCUUCUAGGCACCUCCUGAUAUACAUGAGCGUAUGCAUGGUAGUGAGAGUGAGUGAGGCGUGUGUGCGUUCGUUCGUUUUGUUUGGCCUUGGCUUUGCUCAACGUAAGCAUAGCUUUCAAUCUGUCCCUGGUCCCCAGCUUUUAUGCAUUUAUUCUGAUGUAUCGUUGUCGCAACUUUUGCUUUGCUUUAGAUCUGCUUUUGCCGCCAUUGGCAAUUUUGUUGUCAGAAUUGUCAACAGUGGCCUUUGUUGCUUUCAUGCAUUUAUUCUGAUGUAUCGUUGUCGCAACUUUUUCUUUGCCUUAGAUCUGCUUUUGCCACCAUUGGCAAUUUUGUUGUCAGACUUGUCAACAGUGGCCUUUGUUUUUCUUGCGUUUGGACAAGACUGUAGUGGUGGACGUUAUGUCAUCAGUCAGUACUACUAGUACCACUAGUUCACAUGUGCUUGCACAUCUAUUGCAGUAUUGGUGUUGUUGGCAAUCUUGCUUUGACCGUA